UCUUAGAAUACGAUUAAUCAGAUCAAUAGAAUUUAUAGUAAUUCGCCUUCUGUUAGCCUUGUAUUAACUUAUAUCCAAUUAAUUUCAGCUUGUUGUAUUAUGCGCUAUGGUAGCCGCUGUGGCUUGCGCACCAACUGCCCUUGAGGAGCUGGCGGUAAUUCGUGCUAAGCCUGCCCUGGAUUUCGAGGAGGUUCGAGAUGAGUUCGGGCAGUAUGCACUGCGGUACGUGACAGCAGAGGGUAUUGUCGUUUCGGAACGCGGUCGCCUCGUGCCCACUGCAAGGGAGGGUGACUAUGUUCUCAUCGUCGACGGUGAAGUCUCCUACAUCGGUGAUGAUGGCCAGCUCUAUGUCACAAAGUUCACUGCCGGGCUUGAUGGAACUCAUGUUGAAGGCAAUCAUCUUCCCGUUGCUCCCGAAGUUGUGGUAGCAUAAGUACCAGUGCCUCAGUGAAUAGAUAG